AUGCGUGAAUGCGACAACUGUGGCAGAAUAAGUGAAGACUCACGCUUUUUAAAGCCUCAACAGCAUGUCCCUCAGUGCUUCUUACUAAUUGAAGGCAAAUACCUGCAAGAGUCUCCGGCGUCUCAACUUUUCGCAGUCUCCACGCCCGUUAAGUCGUGUGAUGUUUCUUUUUACAAUGAGGAAACUUCUCAGAAGGUCACAUUCGACUUACCGAAGAUUAUUGGAGGUGCAAACCACAACUCUACGAAUCGACGUGAUGUGAGUUCGACCAGCAGCCAGUUACAUUUGAGGCCUCUACCCAAUGAAAGGUUGAAUCUUUUUCUUCCAUCGAGGGAACUUUACAUGCGGGAGCGGGCACUUCAGCAAAUGGAGUCUGCAGCCCUUAACGAAAGGGUGAUUGCGGACACGAGAAAAGAUAUUGCUUUGAUACGAGACAUGCUUAGAUCCGCGAUAACGGCUCGACCUCUGAAAGAAAAGCAGCACGACAGACCUAAUCACGAUGAGACUCUUCCACCGGCAAAAGUCAGAAAGGCGGAAACGGGAAAGUGGGAAAAAGAGCUGUUUGACGGUUUCGGUGAGGCUGCGGAUGCGGAUGCGGUGGAUCAACUACUAAACAGUGGAGAGGCAACACGGAACCGGAACAGGGAAGAGGUUUGCGUUAUUGAGUUCAAUCGAAUGGUUAAAACCUCAUCGCUGUGUGUGGGAAAAUACGGUUUAAACAUUAAAGGCAUUGAGGAUAUGGAUAUCACCGCACCAGCUACCGAAUUUACCGUUUGUGUGGAAGAGUACAAGGUAGUUUCAAGUCAAGGGCCCCGAGUCCUGCAUGAAGUUAGGCACAGGCUAUACAGAAGCAUCAACAUGAAGCGCGAGCACAAUAAAUCAUUUGAUGCCUCUUUCGGGCAACCAGUGGAAUUCUUCGUAACGGAAUGCAACGACUUACACGUGUUCAUAAUACAUUUGCUAUACCGCGGGCGCUUGUUCGCAUGGUCAUCUGUGAAUGCUUUGUAUGAAGGACCAUGGGUAAGCAAACUUAGGAAACCACCGGUGGAUAUGGCGGUUGCGUUGGUCGUGGAGCACAUAAAUUUAGAUGAUCCUAUACUCCGAGGGUUUAUAUCCGAUAAAGCAUCAGAUGAUUUAGGCGAAGCUGAAGCGUACUUGAAUCGUCUCGAGUCGCAACCGCCAGCUGCGAACAAAACGGUAGAAAACAUGAACGAUCCCAGUGUUUCUGCAGUAAACCUUAGACCCCGCAUGUCUGCUAAAACAGGGGUCGAUAAAGCAUCUGAGACAAUUCAACACACUAAAACGCAACGACAAAAUUAUGACGAAAACGGAAAAGUGGUAUUAGCAGCCUCCCCAGUCCCGCCAGUGACAAAAAAAAGUUUUUCACACAAGGAGGAAAGGGAAAGUACAUCUCCCUCAGGUCCUCAGAACUCAACUGCAAUAUUGAAACCGUAUCCACGUGAAUACAGAGAGGAAAGGGAAACUACAUCUCCCUCAGGUCCUCAGAACUCAACUGCAACAUUGAGGCCGUAUCCACGUGAAUACAGGGAGGAAAGGGAAACUACAUCUCCCUCAGGUCCUCAGAACUCAACUGCAAUAUUGAAACCGUAUCCACGUGAAUACAGAGAGGAAAGGGAAACUACAUCUCCCUCAGGUCCUCAGAACUCAACUGCAACAUUGAGGCCGUAUCCACGUGAAUACAAGGAGGAAAGGGAAAGUACAUCUCCCUCAGGUCCUCAGAACUCAACUGCAACAUUGAGGCCGUAUCCACGUGAAUACAGAGAGGAAAGGGAAAGUACAUCUCCCUCAGGUCCUCAGAACUCAACUGCAACAUUGAGGCCGUAUCCACGUGAAUACAAGGAGGAAAGGGAAACUACAUCUCCCUCAGAUCCUCAGAACUCAACUGCAACAUUGAGGCCGUAUCCACGUGAAUACAGAGAGGAAAGGGAAAGUACAUCUCCCUCAGAUCCUCAGAACUCAACUGCAACAUUGAGGCCGUAUCCACGUGAAUACAAGGAGGAAAGGGAAACUACAUCUCCCUCAGAUCCUCAGAACUCAACUGCAACAUUGAGGCCGUAUCCACGUGAAUACAAGGAGGAAAGGGAAACUACAUCUCCCUCAGAUCCUCAGAACUCAACUGCAACAUUGAGGCCGUAUCCACGUGAAUACAAGGAGGAAAGGGAAACUACAUCUCCCUCAGAUCCUCAGAACUCAACUGCAACAUUGAGGCCGUAUCCACGUGAAUACAAGGAGGAAAGGGAAACUACAUCUCCCUCAGAUCCUCAGAACUCAACUGCAACAUUGAGGCCGUAUCCACGUGAAUACAAGGAGGAAAGGGAAACUACAUCUCCCUCAGGUCCUCAGAACUCAACUGCAACAUUGAGGCCGUAUCCACGUGAAUACAAGGAGGAAAGGGAAACUACAUCUCCCUCAGAUCCUCAGAACUCAACUGCAACAUUGAGGCCGUAUCCACGUGAAUACAAGGAGGAAAGGGAAACUACAUCUCCCUCAGAUCCUCAGAACUCAACUGCAACAUUGAGGCCGUAUCCACGUGAAUACAAGGAGGAAAGGGAAACUACAUCUCCCUCAGGUCCUCAGAACUCAACUGCAACAUUGAGGCCGUAUCCACGUGAAUACAAGGAGGAAAGGGAAACUACAUCUCCCUCAGAUCCUCAGAACUCAACUGCAACAUUGAGGCCGUAUCCACGUGAAUACAGAGAGGAAAGGGAAAGUACAUCUCCCUCAGAUCCUCAGAACUCAACUGCAACAUUGAGGCCGUAUCCACGUGAAUACAAGGAGGAAAGGGAAACUACAUCUCCCUCAGAUCCUCAGAACUCAACUGCAACAUUGAGGCGGUUUCGACGUGGCGGUAUGGACGGAAGGGAUGGUAGGGAUCAUACCGGUGCCGUGACAUGUCAAUCAAAUGGAGGUUGUGUUUCCUCGAAAGGUGAACGUUCCGACACCAAAACCAAUGGUGCCUCGGGUACGCGUAACCGCGGUCGCAACAACGAUGGAAAUGGGGACAAAAUUACUGGUGGCUCGGGGUCGCAGAGGUUUCCAGUGGAGGAGAGAGUCUCACCUCUAUCUGCUUGUGUUUUGCUUGGUCUCCGCAGUGAGGGCGAUGCACCGAGCUCUCGUAAAAUUGGAAGUGAAAGGGAGGCUUUUGCGUCUGUGGAUUUGCGUGUUAACAAAAUUGUUGGACUACCACCGAACUGUUUGUGUGCUCGCGUUUUGGUUUACUUUGUCAACUAUAUCAGCCGUCAAACAAAGGGGCUGGUGAAUGACUCCUCUGAUUGUGAGCUGUUCAUGAGACCACCAAAUGCUAUUGGUUAUCAGAAAAGUGGUGGGAAUGGUACAUCACCAACCUUUGACAUCAAAUUUGAUGAUAUUAUGGUUACUAACAACACUUAUGCCAUUGUUAUCAUCGAAUACAUUACAAACCCAAAAUGUGGCCCCACCACGUUUGGCCACGUCAGUCUUCCCAUCCAUACGCUAGCACCGGUCGGAAACUUCCUUUCACGCAUCCGAUUAGGCGAUCCCCGAGAACCCGAAGCGCGGUCGGUGCAUGUUGACAGGCUCUCAGGCCCCACCUCCAUUCUUACAUCGUACAGGAGCUCCAAACAGCGCCAACAUGCAGUCGCAGAGGGAAAGUUUGAUGCAGCAGCGCUUUACGACAAGCUUCUGCAACCGUUGAAGUCACGUGCCGAAUGUCAUCCAUGUGGAUUUAUUUCAUGGUGUGUCGGUUCUGACCCGAACGCACCGUCCUUUGAGUACCCCGGAGAGCCUCCGCUAUCGAAUGGAGAAGUGGAGUUGUUUUCUGUACGCGAAGCACUUGACACCAGCAAGUCGUUUCAUUAUACUGAUAUUGGUGAACCCAUGAGGGCAUUUGGCCAGCAAAGGUCACAAUCCUUUCGGGACUUCAGCAGCAUUGUGCCGUACGACCCCAAUCGUGGUUUCUUUAUUCUCACGGAGGCUGUACAUGGUAUGUGCACAAGGGAAGCUCUUUACGUUGUCGUUACAUCCAUCAACAUAAAUGGUCAUAAUAACAUAGCAUACACCAAAAAAUUUCGCUGGUCGUCGGAUGUUGGUGCACCACACUUCGAUGACCCCAUCAAAGCAAUAAGGAUGGUGAAGGCGCACCCUUUUACCGUUGCUGAAAAGUAUCUAUUGAGAAUAACAAACUUGGACACCAUACCAAAAUACGAAGGCAGACAACUUCUUGUCGAGCAAGUGGGUUGGACGUUGUUGAAGAUGUUUCCUGAGGAUGGUGCGGUUCGCACUGGCAGGUAUGCGCUCGCUCUCUUUGAGGGCACACCACCCCCUCAAUUACUUGAUGAAGUGAAAUCAUACCCCAUGGAUGAGGUUCUGAGUUAUUGGGUGCUAAGCAAUCGGGUGCAGUACAUUACACCUCCUGCCUCUGUUGUCGUAUCAAUUGGUGAUAUCUGCUUUGCUGAACAAUUUUCUGUUGACCAUCCGGGACGGCCGCAACCGCAAAAACUCAUGACAACUAAACACCAGGAGAUUUCUCUUCCAUGUGCUGGAAAUGAGGGAUCUAUGGGUUACAAGCAAGAUGAUUUGCUUAAAGACAUGGGAAUAAGUGUGGAAAAGGCCGAGAGCGCCAUAAGGACUGCGUUGAAAAGUUUCCUCCAUCGAACCAUUCAAAGAAGACGUGAAAAGUAUGGAAAGAAGGAUGUCCGUUUCGUUGACGGCGAGUAA